UGAGAUAGAAAUAUGUGUUCAUGUAUCUUGAAAAGGUUUGUACAUCUCAACUGACGAUAGCUUCUAAUUAUUGUGUAUCAAUUCAGAGGCUCUCACUGAUUCCCAGCGUAAACUCAAAUCCAACCUGCAGAAAAAGUUUAAGCAUUUGUUUGAGCAAGACACAAAAUCUGGAAAGCAGAUGUUGAUGAAUGAGAUCUACACUGAGCUCCUCAUCACAGAGGAAAGGUCUGAAAAGACAUUUGGACAAAAUGCAACAGCAUCCGGCAACACAGUUAAUUCUGAACAGCUUAUUAACUUCUUCGAAACCUCAGCGGGUCAAGAUGGAUCAGUUAGAGCAUUAUUGACAAAAGGAGUAGCAGGGAUAGGGAAGACCACCUUGACACGGAAGCUUGCCCUAGAUUGGGCUGAAGAGAAAAUCGACAGCAAUGCACAGUUCAUAUUUCCAUUCACUUUCCGAGAGUUGAAUUCACUCAAGGAGAAAAAGUACAGCUGGGUGCAACUUCUUCAUCACUUCUUUGCUGAUACCAAGGGAAUAAGCUGCUUUGAUAAACUCCAGAUUGUGUUCAUCCUUGAUGGUCUGAAUGAGUGUCAACUUCCUUUGGACUUUCACAACAACGAGAUCCUGACUGAUGUCACUGACUCAGCUUCAGUGGACGUGCUGCUGACAAACCUCAUCAUGGGGAAACUGUUCCCUUCUUCCUCUCUCUGGAUAACCACAAGACCUGAGGCAGCUGGUCAAAUCCCUCCAGAGUACAUUCACAUGGUGACAGAGGUGGGGGGACUCACUGAUCCAAAGAAGGACGAGUACUUCAGGAAGAGAUUCAGGAAUAAGGCGCUGGCCAGCAGAAUCAUCACCCACAUCAAGACAUCACGAAGCCUCCACUUCAUGUGCCACAUUCCAUACCUCUGUUGGGUCACUGCAACAGUUCUGGAGGAUGUGUUGAAAACCAAUUACAAAGGAGAGCCACCCAAUACCUUAACUGAGCUUUAUAUCCAUUUUCUAUUAGAUCAGUUCAAAGUGGUGAAUGAAGAAACAGAUCCACUCAAGAUGAUUGUUUCUCUGGGAAAACUGGCUUUUGAGCAGCUGCAGAAAGGCAACCUCAUCUUCUAUGAAGCAGAUCUCAAAGAGUGUGGCAUUGAUAUCAGAGCUGCCUCUGUGUACUCAGGUUUGUCCUGGUUCUGCCCAUGGUCUUUUUUAAAGAUCUGCGUGAACACGCCUUUCUGUUUUGUCCAUUCAAGCUUCCAGGAGUUUCUGGCUGCUGUUCAUGUCAUUGUGUCAUUCAUCAACUCUGGUGUCAACCUACUGUCAGAAGAAGAAUCAUCUUCCCAACAGUCAGAGCAAUCUGAAGUCAAACACCUCUUCCAGAGUGCAGUGGAUAAGGCUUUACAGAGUCCGAAUGGACGCCUGGACUUGUUCCUGCGCUUCCUUGUUGGCCUCUCACUGCAGACCAAUCAAGCACUUCUUCAAGUGAAGCGAACAGGAGGUAGCUUACAGAGCAGUCAGGACACAGCCCAGUACAUCAAGAAGAAGAUCAGGGAGAAUCCCAAUGUAGAGAGAAACAUCAACCUGUUUCACUGUCUGAAUGAGCUGAAUGAUCAUUCGCUAGUGGAGGAGAUCCAACAGUACCUGAGUUCAGGAAGUCUGUCCCCUGACAAUCUGUCUCCUGCUCAGUGGUCAGCUCUGGUCUUCAUCUUAUUGUCAUCACAGAGCUUGUUGGAUGUGUUUGACCUAAAGAAAUACUCUGCUUCAGAGGAAGGCCUUCUGAGGUUGCUGCCUGUUCUUCAAGCCUCCAAUCUAUGCCUGUUGAGUGGCUGUAAGCUUUCUGAGAAAAGCUGCAAAGCUUUAGCCUCAGGUCUUGGUUCCCUGACCUGUAAUAUAAGAGAGCUGGACCUGAGUUACAACAAUAAGCUGGUGCGUGGACACCAGGAGCUCACAGUUGGCUUGAAGUAUCCACAAUGUAAACUGGAGAUUCUCAGGUUUGCUUUCUUUGUUCUAAGAUGUUUUUACUUAACAUCACAUCUUGGUUACUUUUAUAACCAUGGUCUGCCAUUGUAACUGCUGAAGCAAUAUAAUUCCUUAUCUGCAUAAUCAAUGUGUUUUUAAGCUUGCAUGC